AUGAGCGUCCCCGAGCGGGAACGGGAAACUGGCCGUGGCCGCCAUGAACGCCCCAGACAUCCGAGAACGCCAGGGGGGAGCGGUAUGAGCAUUGACAAGAAUGGGCGUCCACGAUCAACCCAGCUAUCACAUAGUAGUGGCGAACCUAUUCGACAGCAAAGUCUGCGAGAAGGGGUGUUGUCUAAAGAUGGUACGGAACAGGGUCGCGUAUCUGCGUCCUCUGAGCCUGGAGUGGCUCGCGUCUUGAUUUCAGCCAACGGCGCGUCCAGUUACCACGGACGUACCAGCGCAUUCUUCGAGGAUAAUGUUCCAGAUCGGCUGACAGGCCCUGAUCAACCUCCUCGGAUGCCAGAUGACUGGGUAGAACGGGGACUUGUUGCCGAGGCAGCUAAACAACGUCAAAUGGAGGAAUUGAACUUUCGUCAAGGAAAACUCGACUUUGAUGGCGUCGAUCCUGACCUUGGGAUGCAUCUGUUGUCGCUCCAUUGGAAUCGCCAGCACCAUUCGUUUCUGAUAACUUAUCGUCCGGCCUUCAUGAGGGACAUGGCCUGCAAUGGCCCUUAUUUCUCUAAGUUGCUCCUUAACGCGAUCUACUUCGGUGCCGCGAAAUUCAGCCCUAGAUUGGAGGUUCGAAAAGAUCCUAGUGAUGUCCGCACUGCAGGCUGGAAGUACCGUGAGCGAGUCCGCGAACUUCUAGGUGGUGCACUGGACCGCAGCGAUAUCACGACGAUCCAGGCAUUGCUGAUGAUGACAAACUCACUAUUUGCCCUCGGUGAUGAAAGAAGCGCUGCGUGGCUGUAUUCCGGACUGGCCUUUCGCAUGAUAAUCGACUUGGGUAUGCAUGUCGACCUAACGGGCACAAGCCGCUUUUCAGACGAGGACCUGGAAAUCCGGCGGCGAGUCUUUUGGGGCGCGUUUGGUAUGGGUCUUCAUUUGAUUUUCCUUGUGCUGUUUCUGUGGCUGACGAUGCAUGAACAUGUAGUUGUAGAUAAGAUUCAGAGCCUUUAUCAAGGCCGCCCAGUCAGCUUAAAGGAGACAGACGCUCUCGUUCCGAUUAAGUUCUUGGAUACCUACGAGGAGCUAGAACAUUGGAAGCCAUUUGCAUACUCAACUUGCGCGCCGGAUUACCCAGGCAUGCCGGCAUAUAGCACGUCCACCUUCACGUAUCUGUGCAAGCUCUCAGUGAUUAUGAGCGACAUUCUCAGCUGCAUAUACACAGAGCGCAGUUCCAACCAAAGCCCUACAGAGCUUGCAAAAAUGCUGGGCGAGUUGCAACUUAGGUUGGACCAGUGGAAAGCUCGUUUACCAGAACACCUGCAAUUUGAUCCAGCCAAGGUUCAAACAGUGGCGCUUCCGCCGCCUCAUGUAUCCAGCCUACACGCAAUGCAUAAUUCGCUCGUCAUUCUGCUUCACCGGCCGUUCGUAGCAGACGGUCAUCUAUACAGCACGUCUCCAUCAAUAUCUGUCGACUCCUUCAUCAAAUGCGCCUCCGCGGCAUCGAAUACUAGCAAGCUCCUGCGGGCCUAUCACCGUGCAUUCUCCAUCAGGCGAGCGCCUUAUCUUAUAUCAUAUGCGACAUAUGUUGCCGCGACAAUCCUUACCCGAAUCGCGGCCCGACGCAGGAAUGAUUCAACAGCGCAUACAGACCUAGCGACAUGUCUAGCAGUCUUCAAAGAGAACCAAGAGACCAACUCGGCUGUCAAAAAGGCGGCCACAAUUGUCGACGGCCUCAUGAAAAAGCUUGGGGUGGUAAUCAAGGACGUUUCGCUCACCGCGCUCGAGAUCGACGCACCAACACAAAAUUUAGAUCAGAUCUCCCAGCCUAAUGAGCGCGCUGUCGAAGCACGCCAUCAGGACAGUGUCGUUUACGACGCUGACGACACGGCAGCUCAUCCCGUGACAGAGCCCUCAAGCGCAACUGUUGAUCACCCAGUGCCCUCACCAGGCUCGGAUUGGAUGGAUAUAGACGGUAUUAUCCAGAGCUUUUUGCAGGAGAAUGGUGGCCGUGGAGGCAGAUUAAUGGGAUAUGAUGCUGACGGAAUCUCGAACCCACCUCCCCAAAGACUGUGGAUGCCACCACACCAGGGAAACCCUCCCCAGCCGGUGAUAUAUGAUAGAAGCCUUACCCUUGGAAACCCGACUACGUUUCGCCCUAAUGGAGUGCAUUGGUCAGAGGGUCUUAGUGAGAGGUAUCAAGGGGAGCACGGCGGGUUGACAAAUAACGAGUUUUCGUCCCUAGAAGAUCCACUAUUUGGCUUUAAUGGUUCGUCCAUGGACGGAUUUCCGUUUAACGCAUGGUGA